UUGCUCGCCGGCCUUUUCUCUGUAAAACAUUGGGGGAACAAUCAAAGCUGGGAAUGGCCCAGGGAAGAGAUCAGUCAUUCGCCAGCCGCCUUUUCCACAGGUGUCGUAAAACUAGCCAGGAGCUGAGAGGACAGGAGAACGAGGCGCCUCGCGUCUCGGACUUCACCGUGGCGUGGGAUCGGCUCAUGAAAGAGUUCUUAGCUAAAGCCAAAGAAGAUUUUUUAAGAAAAUGGGAGUGUCCACCACAGAGCACGACGUGCCUGGACGACUUCGACAGGUUCAAGACUCUGGGGACCGGCUCAUUUGGCCGAGUGUUGCUGGUCAAGCAUAAAGGAACAAACCAGUUCCACGCCAUGAAAGUCUUGGACAAACAAAAAGUGGUGAAGUUGAAGCAGAUCGAACACACGCUGAAUGAAAAGAGAAUACUGCAGGCCGUCUCCUUCCCCUUCCUGGUCAGGUUGGAGUACUCCUUCAAGGACAACUCCAACCUCUACAUGGUCAUGGAGUACGUGCCUGGCGGAGAGAUGUUCUCGCACCUCAGACGCAUUGGAAGGUUCAGCGAACACCACGCACGAUUUUAUGCAGCUCAGAUCGUGCUCACCUUCGAGUACCUCCACUCUUUGGACCUCAUCUACAGAGACCUGAAGCCUGAAAACCUGCUCAUAGACCAGCGUGGCUACAUUCAGGUCACAGACUUCGGCUUUGCUAAAAGGGUAAAAGGCAGGACCUGGACAUUGUGUGGGACUCCUGAGUACCUGGCUCCAGAGAUCAUCCUCAGCAAGGGCUACAACAAAGCUGUGGACUGGUGGGCACUCGGAGUCCUCAUCUAUGAGAUGGCUGCUGGUUACCCUCCGUUCUUUGCUGAUCAGCCCAUACAGAUCUACGAGAAGAUCGUUUCUGGCAAGGUACGAUUCCCCUCCCACUUCACCUCCGACCUGAAGGAUCUGCUGAGAAACCUCCUACAGGUGGACUUGACCAAGAGGUUUGGGAAUCUAAAAAAUGGCGUAAACGACAUCAAAAAUCACAAGUGGUUCUCCACAACGGACUGGAUAGCCAUCUAUGAGAGGAAGGUUGAAGCCCCCUUCUUACCCAAGUGCAGAGGACCGGGAGACACAAGCAACUUUGACGACUACGAAGAGGAGGACAUUCGUGUCUCGCAGACAGAAAAGUGUGCGAAGGAGUUUGCUGACUUCUAGCGAGUUCCAGCAGGGCCUCUCCUGGGAGUGAAGGUGGAACUGUCAUGUGUCCAAAACAAAUGCUCUGUUCUUUUGUUGCACAAGUGAAGGAGCUCCUUAGCCGGCCCACACACACCACCAACUUAUCCUCUUCCCUCCCCUAUUUUCUCCACCUGUUUUUUAAAUAACAUUCGCGUUCCAACUGAGGCCCGUCCUUGAAGAUAGUAGCAUUGCACUUCCGUCUUGUUUUGUCCGCUCCGUCAAUCAACGUCCUGGUGGUUUGUCCAAAACAGUUGUGGCUAGCAGCGUGGUUUGUCCAUUCAAUUUGAAAAUGUUGAACCUGUGUUUGGAUUCCGGGUGGUCAGAGAUACUCAGCACCACCACGUCAUUGUUGUCCGCACUCAGUCGUAUCCUUCACUAAAUGACGCAUCAUUACAUAUAAACAUAGGCCUGAAGUACACUGGAGUCACCUUUUGCUCAAAGGCACCUCAGCAGUGCCUGCUGGUGCAAAAUACACUAUAUUGCCAAAAGUAUUUGACCACCUGCCUUGACUCACAUAUGAACUUGAAGUGCCAUCCCAUUCAAUAUGACCUUUUGCAGCUAUUACAGCUUCAACUCUUCUGGGAAGGCUGUCCACAAGGUUGCGGGGUGUCUUUAUAGCAAUUUUCCACCAUUCUUCCAAAAGUGCAUUGGUGAGGUCACACACUGAUGUUGGUGGAGAAGGCCUGGCUCUCAGUCUCCGUUCUAAUUCAUCCCAAAGGUGUUCUAUCGGGUUCAGGUCAGGACUCUGUGCAGGCCAGUCAAGUUCAUCCCCUUGCUUUGUGCACAGUCAUGUUGGAAGAGGAAGGGGCCCGCUCCAAACUGUUCCCACAAGGUUGGGAGAAUGAAAUUGUCCAAAAUGUUUUGGUAUCCUGGAGCAUUCAAAGUUCCUUUCACUGGAACUAAGGGGCCAAGCCCAACUCCUGAAAAACAACCCCACACCAUAAUUCCUACUCCACCUGUGGCCGGGCCAAGUGAUUAGAACACCUGAUUCUGAUCAUUUGGAUGGGUGGCCAAAUACUUCUGGCAAUAUAGUGUAUGUCUAGUCAGUGAUGGAGAUUCUAAAGCCCCAUGACUUAUUUACAAACUUCAUUGGUUCCUGGACAGGGUUCAUAAAUGGAAAAGUUCCCAGAGUGAAGUAAAUCUCUCCGUAAGAAACAAUGUAAACAUGAAUAAUGUCUUGACAAAAGUGGGUUGUUUAGUGGAGAUUAAUACUUUCAAACAGUGCUCUACUGUAUAUCAAACAAACAUAAGUGGGUGAAGGAUUCACUUUCUAUUUAUCAACAAGCUACAACAACGACAAGCUGAACUGUUCUGUAUGCGCCCUUUAGUGCCCUCACAAAAGACCAGAAAUCACAGAAACCUUGAACUUUAACAACCAUUUUGCUGCAAUAGUAAACAUUUGGAAAAAGUCAAAUCCACUCUCAUGAGCUGCUCCUCACGAGAGGACACCGAGGGAGAGAAGGAGUCAUGUUUCCAUUGAUUCUUAUGGGGAACUCUGCUUCACUGUCUGCAAACCACGUUGAAGAACCAAAUUGGGUCCGUAGAUGGAGGUUCCUCUGUACGUGUUUUGUUUUGGUGCGGCAAGAAGCCAUCAUUUUUUUACAAUCCCAAAGUCCUUUGCUGUCCCUCACCUUCAUUGAAAUUGGUGAGAAUUCCAGCCUUGUAUCAAGAAGACUAACUGGGAUACCUUGAGGCUAGCUCGGGAGUGGGAUUUUUUAAGUGACACCAGGAAAUGAGUGGCAGCUUGAAGUAAGAGCUAAAGAUCCGGGUGCUGCUGUGCUCAGUAAUGCCCAUUUCAAACUGUGGCUCUUCUCCAAACCAGUGAGGCCACCAUGCUGUCCGUGGACUUGGACUGUGAAUGCAGUGUGCUUCCCUUAUCGUUUGUGCCUUGAUCUGUGCCCACCAUUCUAAGAAAGUGACAAACGCAACUAUGACAUUCACAAAUUCUCAUUUCAGAGUUCGGGGGGAAAUUGUGUGCAAGAUCACCGUUCAGUCACUUCUCCUUUUGCCCUAUACACGUCUGACCAGACAAGGAUUCAAAUGUCUCAUGAAGUAUCAACAUGCUGAUCACAGAAAAAAUCCAGACUUUUUGACAGAAAAAAUCCCGAUUUUUUUGACAGAAAAAAUCCCAAUGUUUUUUACGGAAAAAUACAGAUUUUGUGACAGAAAAAAUCCCAAUUUUUUUGACAGAAAAUAUCCUGAUUUUUGAUGGAAAAAAAAUCCCGAUUUGUUGACAGAAAAAAACCAGACUUGUUGACAAAAAAAAUCCCAAUUUGUUGACAGAAAAAAAUCCUGAGUUUUUGACAGAAAAAAAUCCAGACUUUGUGACAAAAAAUAAAUAAAAAUUUGACAGAAAAAAUACACGUUUUGACAGAAAAAAUCCCAAUGUUUUUUACGGAAAAAUACAGAUUUUGUGACAGAAAAAAUCCCAAUUUUGUUGACAGAAAAAAUCCUGAUUUUUUGACGGAAAAAAAUCCCGAUUUGUUGACAGAAAAAAAUCCAGACUUGUUGACAGAAAAAAUCCCAAUUUGUUGACAGAAAAAAAUCCUGAGUUUUUGACAGAAAAAAAUCCAGACUUUGUGACAAAAAAUAAAUAAAAAUUUGACAGAAAAAAUACACGUUUUGACAGAAAAAAUCCCAAUGUUUGACAGAAAAAAAUCCUGAUUUUUUGACGGAAAAAAAUCCAGACUUGUUGACAGAAAAAAUCCCAAUUUGUUGACAGAAAAAAAUCCUGAGUUUUUGGCAGAAAAAAAUCCAGACUUUGUGACAAAAAAUAAAUAAAAAUUUGACAGAAAAAAUAGAUGUUUUGACAGAAAAAAUCCUGAUUUUUUGACGGAAAAAAAAUCCCGAUUUGUUGACAGAAAAAAAUCCAGACUUGUUGACAGAAAAAAUCCCAAUUUGUUGACAGAAAAAAAUCCUGAGUUUUUGACAGAAAAAAAUCCAGACUUUGUGACAAAAAAUAAAUAAAAAUUUGACAGAAAAAAUAGAGUUUUUGACAGAAAAAAUCCCAAUGUUUGAAAAAAAAAAUCCUGAUUUUUUGACGGAAAAAAAAUCCCGAUUUGUUGACAGAAAAAAUCCAGACUUGUUGACAGAAAAAAUCCCAAUUUGUUGACAGAAAAAAAAUCCUGAGUUUUUGACGGAAAAAAAUCCAUACUUUGUGACAAAAAAUAAAUAAAAAUUUGACAGAAAAAAUACACGUUUUGACAGAAAAAAUCCCAAUGUUUGACAGAAAAAAUCCUGAUUUUUUGACGGAAAAAAAUCCUGAUUUUUUGACGGAAAAAAAUCCAGACUUUGUGACAAAAAAUAAAUAAAAAUUUGACAGAAAAAAUAGAUGUUUUGACAGAAAAAAUCCUGAUUUUUUGACGGAAAAAAAAUCCCGAUUUGUUGACAGAAAAAAAUCCAGACUUGUUGACAGAAAAAAUCCCAAUUUGUUGACAGAAAAAAAUCCUGAGUUUUUGACAGAAAAAAAUCCAGACUUUGUGACAAAAAAUAAAUAAAAAUUUGACAGAAAAAAUAGAGUUUUUGACAGAAAAAAUCCCAAUGUUUGAAAAAAAAAAUCCUGAUUUUUUGACGGAAAAAAAAUCCCGAUUUGUUGACAGAAAAAAUCCAGACUUGUUGACAGAAAAAAUCCCAAUUUGUUGACAGAAAAAAAAUCCUGAGUUUUUGACGGAAAAAAAUCCAUACUUUGUGACAAAAAAUAAAUAAAAAUUUGACAGAAAAAAUACACGUUUUGACAGAAAAAAUCCCAAUGUUUGACAGAAAAAAUCCUGAUUUUUUGACGGAAAAAAAUCCUGAUUUUUUGACGGAAAAAAAUCCAGACUUUGUGACAAAAAAUAAAUAAAAAUUUGACAGAAAAAAUAGAUGUUUUGACAGAAAAAAUCCUGAUUUUUUGACGGAAAAAAAAUCCCGAUUUGUUGACAGAAAAAAAUCCAGACUUGUUGACAGAAAAAAUCCCAAUUUGUUGACAGAAAAAAAUCCUGAGUUUUUGACAGAAAAAAAUCCAGACUUUGUGACAAAAAAUAAAUAAAAAUUUGACAGAAAAAAUAGAGUUUUUGACAGAAAAAAUCCCAAUGUUUGAAAAAAAAAAUCCUGAUUUUUUGACGGAAAAAAAAUCCCGAUUUGUUGACAGAAAAAAUCCAGACUUGUUGACAGAAAAAAUCCCAAUUUGUUGACAGAAAAAAAAUCCUGAGUUUUUGACGGAAAAAAAUCCAUACUUUGUGACAAAAAAUAAAUAAAAAUUUGACAGAAAAAAUACACGUUUUGACAGAAAAAAUCCCAAUGUUUGACAGAAAAAAUCCUGAUUUUUUUGACGGAAAAAAAAUCCCGAUUUGUUGACAGAAAAAAUCCAGACUGGAUGACAGAAAAAAUCCCAAUUUGUUGACAGAAAAAAAUCCUGAGUUUUUGACAGAAAAAAAUCCAGACUUUGUGACAAAAAAUAAAUAAAAAUUUGACAGAAAAAAUAGACGUUUUGACAGAAAAAAUCCCAAUGUUUUUUACGGAAAAAUACAGAUUUUUUGACAGAAAAAAUCCCAAUUUUUUUGACGGAAAAAAUCCUGAUUUUUUGACGGAAAAAAAUCCCGAUUUGUUGACAGAAAAAAUCCAGACUUGUUGACAGAAAAAAUCCCAAUUUGUUGACAGAAAAAAAUCCUGAGUUUUUGACAGAAAAAAAUCCAGACUUUGUGACAAAAAAUAAAUACAAAUUUGACAGAAAAAAUAGACGUUUUGACAGAAAAAAUCCCGAUUUUUUUUGAUAGAAAAAAAUAGACGUUUUGAGAGACAAAAUCCAGAUUUUUUGACUGGAAAAAUCCAGAUUUUGUGACAGAAAAAAUCCAGAUUUUUUGACAGAAAAAACCCCAAUUUUUUUGACGGAAAAAAUCCCGAUUUGUUGACAGAAAAAAUCCGAUUUGUUGACAGAAAAAUUCCCGAUUUCUCGACAGAAAAAAUCCCGAUUUUUUAACAGAAAAAAUCCAGACUUUGUGACAGAAAAAAUCCCGAUUUUGUGACAGAAAAAAUCCAGACUUGGUAACAAAAAAAAUAAAUAAUUUUGACAGAAAAAAUCCCGAUUUUGUGACAGAAAAAAUCCAGACAUGGUGACAGAAAAAAUCCCAAUUUGCUGACAGAAAAAAAUCCAGAUUUGUUGACAGAAAAAAAUCCAGAUUUGUUGACAGAAUAAAAUCCCGAUUUGUUGACAGAAAAAUCCCGAUUUGUUGACAGAAAAAAAUCCAGAUUUGUUGACAGAAAAAAUCCCGAUUUGUUGACAGAAAAAUCCCGACAGAAAAAAAUCCCGAUUUGUUGACAGAAAAAAUCCCGAUUUUUUGACAGAAAAAAUCCCAAUUUUGUGACGGAAAAAAUCCUGAUUUGUUGACAGAAAAAAAUCCCGACUCGUUGACAGAAAAAAAUCCCGAUUUGUUGACAGAAAAAAAUCCCGACUCGUUGACAGAAAAAAAUCCCUACUCGUUGACAGAAAAAAUCCAGACUAGUUGACAGAAAAAAUCCCGACUCGUUGACAGAAAAAAAUCCCGAUUUUUUGACGGAAAAAAAUCCUGAUUUGUUGACAGAAAAAAAUCCUGAUUUGUUGACAGAAAAAUCCUGAUUUCUUGACAGAAAAAAAUCCCGAUUUCUUGACAGAAAAAAUCCCGAUUUGUUGACAGAAAAAUCCCGACUUGUUGACAGAAAAAAAUCCAGAUUUGUUGACAGAAAAAAUCCUGACUUUUUGACAGAAGAAAUCCCAAUUUUGUGACGGAAAAAAUCCUGAUUUGUUGAAAGGAAAAAAUCCCGACUCGUUGACAGAAAAAAAUCCCGACUCGUUGACAGAAAAAAAUCCCUACUCGUUGACAGAAAAAAUCCUGACUCGUUGACAGAAAAAAUCCCGACUUGUUGACAGGAAAAAAUCCCGAUUUUUUGACAGAAAAAAAUCCUGAUUUUUUUGACAGAAAAAAAUCCUGAUUUGUUGACAGAAAAAAAUCCAGAUUUGUUGACAGAAAAAAUCCAGACUUUGUGACAGAAAAAAUCCCGAUUUGUUGACAGAAAAAAAUCCAGACUUUUUGACAGAGAAAAAUCCAGAUUUGUUGACAGAAAAAAAUCAUGACUUGUUAACAGAAAAAAAUCAUGAUUUGUUGACAGAAAAAAAUCCUAAUUUGUUGACAGAAAAAAUUCCGACUUUUUGACAGAAAAAAUCCCGACUUGCUGACAAAAAAAAUUCCGAUUUGUUGACAGAAAAAAUACCGAAUUUUUGACAGAAAUAAAUCUCGAUUUUUUUGGACAGAAAAAAAUCCUGAUUUUUUCUACAAGAAAAAUCCUGACUUUUUCACAGAAACAAUCCCGAUUUUUUGACAGAAAAAAAUCCAGACUUUUUGACAGAAAAAAAUCCAGAUUUGUUGACAGAAGAAAAUCCCGAUUUUUUGACAGAAAAAAAUCCAGAUUUUUUAACAAAAAAAAUCCAGACUUUUUGACAGAAAAAAUCCCGACUUGUUGACAGAAAAAAUCCUGACAUUUUGACAGAAAUCUUUCCUGACCUUUGAUCCGUGCAUGUGAAACACAAUCUCCGUAUUGUCAUUUAGGAUGUUUUGAAUGUUCACAUCCUCGUCCUUGGAUUCUUAGCUCAAUGAAUGGAUCGCAGGUGGACUGUUCACACCAGCAGGCCUCAUCAGUUCCUGCUCACAGACGUAGAUAGGACAGCUUUAGCCUGAGAGCCUGGUGCAGGAUCCAAAGUAGUUAUCCCCCAACCACCCUUGUCUGGGCAUGUCCCCUCUUUUACAGCAGGGGUUCUUAACCUUUUUGACUUCGGGGCCCAACUUUUCUACUACAGAGGGGCCCAAAUAUUAACACUGAAUUAGUAACCUUACUCUUCAUUUUAAUCAAGGCUAGGUAAUGAAGGUUUAUCAGACUCCAGUGUAAAGGCGCACUGGCCCCACACUUCCAUCAAGUGAAAACAGGAAGUUGACCACAAGGAAGUCGCUACUACUACAAAAUAAAAUAAAAGUUGCAGCACCUUAAAAAUGUGUUUUUUUUGGUAAAGUAAUAUAAUAUGUGAAUGUAUGUAUAUAGAGUAAUAUAUUCGGGAGGGUUGUAAUCUUUUAAUGGCUGUUAAGUAGAGGAGACACGGACAUCAGCGUGGAUCUAUGGGAGCUUUAUGUAAUAAUGUGGUCAGAAAUGGUACUGCAACCACGCUCAAACUUCUGUAGUCCCCCCCCCCCCCCUCUCCCUGACUGAGGUUGCCAGAUACGCAGUGGAAUCCAGCUGGAUGGACUGGACUACUCCAAGGAACUUCAAACUUCCACUGCCUCUGACUAGGCAAUCAUAUGGUUAUUGUCAGUACUAUCAGAAAACCAAGACUAAAAGCAACUACAACCAACGCAAGCAAUGGUUCAAGUUCAAGUAGCAAUGAUAGUCACACACACACUAGGUGUGGCAAAAUUAUUCUCUGCAUUUGACCCAUCACCCUUGAUCCCCCCCUGGGAGGUGAGGGGAGCAAUAUCCUGGUUUUGUUCCUGGCUUUGUCAUGAAUAAGUUGAGAAUGGUAACUUUUAGAUGUACUAAGGUUUGACAUGUUUAGUAACUUAACCAGUGGCAGUAGCCAGACCAAGAUGGCAACCAGGAUGUGACACGCUCACAAACUUUCUAAUUGGUCAAACUGUGGAGGGCGGGGCAUCGAAAUGAAAGCAAUAACAAUAUUUUGGGGCUGUAAAUCUAAUUUUGAAAUGAGCAUAUGAACUACUGUUAUCAGUUGUAAAGGUAUUGGAAAGGAAGAUGAUUUAUUAAUAGUUGAUAGAAAAAAUCCCGACUCGUUGAAGAAAAAAAUCCCUACUCGUUGACAGAUUGUUUGGCAGAAAAAAUCCUGUUUUGUUGACAGAAAAAAUCCCGAUUUGUUGACAGAAAAAAAUCUCGACUUUUUGACAGGAAAAAAAUCCCGAUUUGUUGAUAGAAAAAAUUUCGACUUUUUGACAGAAAAAAUCCCGAUUUGUUGACAGAAAAAAUCCUGACUUUUUGACAGAAAAAAAUCCUGACUUGUUGACAGAAAAAAAUACCGACUUGUUCACAGAAAAAAAUCCCGACUUGACAGAAAAAAUCCAGAUUUGUUGACAGAAAAAAAUCUCGACUUUUUGACAGGAAAAAAAUCCCGAUUUGUUGAUAGAAAAAAAUUCGACUUUUUGACAGAAAAAAUCCCGAUUCGUUGACAGAAAAAAUCCCGACUCGUUGACAGAAAAAAAUCCCGACUUGUUGACAGAAAAAAAUACCGACUUGUUGACAGAAAAAAAUACCGACUUGUUGACAAAAAAAAAUCCCGAUUUGUUGACAAAAAAAAUCCUGACUUUUUGACAGAAAAAAUCCAGAUUUUUUGACAGAAAAAUCCAGAUUUUUUGACAGAAAAAAUUCAGAUUUUUUGACGGAAAAAAUCCCGAUUUUUUGACAGAAAAAAUCCAGAUUUUUCGCCAGAAAAAAUCCCGAUUUUUCGACGGAAAAAAUCCCGAUUUUUUGACGGAAAAAAUCCAGAUUUGUUGACACAAAAAAUCACGACUUGUUGACACAAAAAAAUCCUGAUUUUUUGACAGAAAAAGGAAUAUGAUUUUUUAAUGACUUUUGACAUUUAAUUUAAUGAUGACUUGACAUGAAAUUAUUACAUAUGACUCCUUUCAUUUUCAACUCGCAUCCAUCCAUCCAUUUCCUACCGCUUGUCCCUUUCGAGGUCGCGGGGGUGCUGGAGCCUAUCUGAGCUGCAUCUCCUUCUGUUUGUUUGUCAUUACUGCCACAAGUGGUGGAAAACUGCAUUACAACAUACGGACGGACCGCAGCUGGUUAAGAAAGACUGUUGUAGAGGAUAAAUACUUUGGGUCCUGCACCAGGCCCUCAGACUAGAGCUGUCCUAUAGAAAGUGUGAACGCCAACCGAUGAAGCCUGCCCAGAACCUGGGGUUCUAAACCUCUUUGACCUCGGGACCCAACUUUUCCACUCAAAUAUUAACUCUGAUUUAGUCAUCUUACUCUUGAUUCUAGUCAUAUUCAAUAUUUAUAGGGCUGCAAGGAUCAAUUUGAUGAGAAAAUUCAUAUUUUGUUGCUUCGAUGAAUCGUUCAAUGUGUGUAACUGAGAAAUGUGUACAAUUUGGACUGCACGGAACUUAAACAAUAUGUUUCAUAAAUAACCUGUCAAUAAAAUGAAAGUUAAAUAAAAAUACAGCUUCGCCACUUUAGUCAUAAUUUUUGCACUUAAAGGGGAUCUGCACUUUUUGGGGAUUUUUGCCUAUCGUUACU